AUAAGCCAUGAAAAUGAAAUAUUGCAAGAUUUAUAUCAGUUUAUUGUUACUAGGAGCGUGCCAUUUGUUAACUGGUGACGAUGAGCACUCGGAAGAUUUAGAAUACUUCUUGUAUGAAGACAAUGACGGCCAUCUUCAAGUAGAGUAUCUCCUAAAUACUCGUCUGAACCUUACAUCUUCCGCAUCCGAUGUAAAAUACCUUUUUCUUCAGUAAAUCCAACCCUGACAGUGGCGUUGAGAUUCACAGCAACAAUAUCGAGAAAUUGGACAAGACGUCAUUUACACCAAAACGAGAAACUAUUUUUGUCAUCCAUGGAUGGAAGGGAAGCCAUGAAGCAGAUGUUAACUCACAUGUCAGAGAAUAUAUAUUAAGGGACCAUGAUGUCAAUAUAUUCGUCGUAGACUGGAGUCCAAUUGCCGGAAAAAGUUACACAACAGCACAGGGUUCAGUAAAACAGGUUGGAGAGUACGUAGCAGCUUUCGCUAGAUCCCUACAUGAAGAAUAUAGAUUACAACUUGAUAAGUUGAAAUUUGUAGGCCAUUCCCUUGGAGCUCAUAUCUGUGGAAAUGCUGGAGCUGCUUUAAACGGCCAGGUUGACAGAAUUGUUGGUUUAGAUCCAGCUGGUCCUCUAUUUAAAGAUUACAACAAAGACAACCGUAUAGACGAAGACGACGCAGUAAAUGUCCAAAUCAUCCACACCAAUGGAGGACUGCUGGGGUAUUAUGCUCCAUGUGGAGAUUCUGACUUCUAUCCUAAUGGAGGAAAAUCGCAACCAGGUUGUGGAAUUGACAUAGCAGGAAGCUGUGCUCACUCUCGGUCAUACGAACUAUACGCUGAAUCGCUUACUAGCACAGCUUUUGUUGGACAACGGUGCGAUAGCUAUUCAGACUACGAAAAGGGUAAAUGUCACGGAUCAAAAACUAGCAUGGGAAUGUUCCAAAUUGAUAAACAUGCCUCUGGUUCCUACUACCUUCACACCAACAAAAAAUCUCCAUAUGCUCAAGGUUAAAAGUAUUUAUUGUAAAAAAGAAUUAUUUAAUCAAUAAAGUUUAAUGU